AUGCUCGAUGCUAGGAAACCAAAAACUAGAGCUACCCAUACUCUCACAGCCACUUCCUUACAUAUUAAUUUGACCCGCUGUUCCUUGCCGCCGAUACCAAUCAACGACGCCAAUGACCCGGCGUCACAUUGCCUCGGUCUAAACCAGCCCUUCCAUGCCUCAUUUGAAUACGGCCAGGGUUCCCGAGCCUAUACCAACUCUGUCAGCUUGUCAACCAUCAGUCUAACCCCACCUACCGAGACCCUCAACUUUGAGGGCGCCUUCGAGAACCUAUUCAAGCUGGCCAAAUUUGAUCCAACUGCUCUGGCGCUCUGCAAGGACAUUGACUUGCCAAUGGUACCCCCUUUCCAUGCGGGUCUGUUGUCGUAUCUCUUGCGUCUGGAAGCACUUGGACGAUUGGACGAUUGGCCUUGCUUGUUUGGGCAGGGGAACUCGUUUGUGCUACACUUGAUUGACAAGAUGCAGGGACGGGUCGUGUUCCCCGAGGAUAGCGAGAACGAGAAGGUGAUCUGGGACAAGCGGCGGAAUGAAACCAGUGCCUAG